AUGCUUUCGGCUUGCUCCAAGGCGGCCUUUGGCAGGACGUUGCGACAACAGUCGCUUGUAUGCCAAUCAUGUUUGCAGCCAUUGAGACAGUCAAUGGGUAUCCGCGCCCCCGUGUCGCGCUACUCGAUGCGGUGUUUGCACGUUGAGUCCAAAGCCGACGAUCUGGUGCCAUUUAGGAAACUCCAGAAAGAAGAGGCCAAGAGGAAAAAAGCGGAAGGCCAAGGACAGACUACCAUAUCCAAGUCCAAGGCUGGAGAUCCAAGGUUGCAAAAGUGGGAGUUAACCGUGGGAAUCGAGAUUCAUGCAGAGCUCAAUACCGCUCGCAAGCUCUUUUCAGGGGCUGGCACGUCCAGCAAUGAGCUUCCAAACUCUCAUGUCGCCCUGUUCGAUGUUGCCUUCCCGGGAACACAGCCGCAGUUCCAGAGCGAGACUCUUAUCCCCGCUUUACGCGCAGCAAUGGCACUGGACUGCGAUAUCCAGACCAAAAGCAGUUUUGAUAGAAAGCAUUAUUUCUAUCAGGACCAACCAGCCGGUUACCAAAUCACUCAAUACUAUGAGCCUUUGGCUCGAGAUGGCAAGCUCACACUCUACGAUCACGAUGGCAUCGCGCCUGAAGAUGGCAAGUCCAUUACAAUUGGCAUUAAACAGGUACAAAUGGAGCAAGAUACCGCCAAAUCUAUACAGCAGCCUCCAAGCAUUCAUCUACUGGACUUUAAUCGAGUUUCCCAUCCGUUAAUCGAAAUCAUAACUCUUCCACACAUCCACCACCCAUCGACCGCCGCGGCAUGUGUAAGAAAAAUCCAAGCCAUACUUAGAUCCGUCGAUGCAGUCACAGCCGGCAUGGAAGCAGGUGGUUUGCGUGCUGAUGUCAAUGUCUCUGUACGCGAGCGACUUAGUUCCGAAAGCCAAGGGUCAAACAAUUCAUACUACGGUGUCACUGGGUUGGGUCAACGGACUGAAAUCAAGAAUUUGAGUAGUUUCAAGGCGGUUGAGGAUGCAAUCAUAGCGGAGAGAAACCGUCAGAUCGAAGUCCUCAAGGCGGGUGGAGUCAUCGAAGGCGAAACACGCGGAUGGACCCUCGGCAGCACAGAGACACGGAGACUCAGAGGUAAAGAGGGUGAAGUCGAUUACCGCUACAUGCCUGACCCAGAUCUGGGAGCGGUACUUAUCGGAGAAGAAUUGAUUCAAAGGAUCCGCCAUACUUUACCGGCAUUGCCGGAUGAGAUCACACAAAUGCUCGUUGACAAUCCUAAGUACGGGAUGCUCAUGAAAGAUGCUAAGAAUCUCCUUCGCCUCGACACUGGAGACAGACUAGACUAUUACCUCGAGGUAGUAGAUAUUCUACAUCAGCAGACUACGGCUGAUGAACGUUCUUCGAUGAAGCUAGGAAGGGUGGCUGGCAAUUGGUUGUUGAUGGAACUUGGUGCACUCUUCACCACUGCCGAGAUCUCUUGGACUGAGAACACUGUUUCUUCCGAACAGUUAGCUUCCAUCAUCCUGCACUUGCUUAGGAAACAAAUAACCGGCCCAACUGCCAAGCAACUGCUUUCGACCGUUUUCUAUGGCGAUGAUCGUCCCGUCAGACAAAUUAUUGACGAUGAAAAUCUCCUCUUGCGUCCGAUGUCUCGUGAGGAAUAUUUUGCAUUGGCAGGCGAAAUUUUGGAUGAUAACCCGGACGCAAUAGAAGCAAUCAAGACGAAAGGACAAAAAGGAAAACUGAAAUUCCUCCUGGGGCAAAUGAUUCGUAGAGGCGACGAAGGCAGGGUAGAGGCGAAAAAGGCGGAGGAAGUACUUGAAGAGAUGCUCGAAACACGUGUUUAA